UGAUAUGAGACCGAGAUGGUAACACAUUAGCAAAUCUAUGAGCGCCUAUAACUAUUUAACCGUUCAAAAUUAUGUCCAUAGACAAACAUGAAGUGAUAUAUAUAUAUUUUAAAUGUACAUGUUGUCAGUGAAGAUAAUCUAGCUACUACUGUUGCUUUAAAAUAGAGAUUGACAGCACAACAUAACAUUUGUUUCGAUAUAUUGUGCAUCACAUGGUCUCAUUUCCUGCACUGAUACAGGGCCUUGAAGUUCGGUUUUUGCGUGGGUGGCUACUGGUGUAUUUAAUGCACUGCAUGAGCAGAUUUUACGAAUGAAAUCGGUUCAAUUAGGAAGAGCCAUGGAUCUUAUGUAUUGAUACAGGCAGGGCUGUUGCUGCAUAGGACAUUGAUGAAGAUACGCGAUCGUAUCGUCUGUUUCAAUUUAAUGGUCUCCCAAGCAGAACCGUGAGACACCAAAAUCAGCAAGGGAUCAUACCACGCAGUCCUUGUCAAGUCCCCUGUUCUGUGACAAUGCUCUGAGUCAUCUUCCUGUUGCAACAUGUACAUCAGAGACCACAGCCCCACUACUGGGGUGGUGACAAUCAUAGUGAUCCUCAUUGCUGUUGCUGCCCUCGGUGUUCUCAUCUGCGGAUGUUGGUGCUACCUGCUCCUGCAGCGGAUUGGCCAGUCUGAAGAUGAGGAGAGUAUUGUAGGAGAGGGCGAGACCAAGGAGCCCUUCCUGAUGGUACCGUACUCCACCAGGGGCCCCCACAUCGAGCACAAAACCAAGCUCACCCACAACGGCACUGAGAAUCAUACUUAACUGAGUCAUGAAGAAACCAUGGUCAUCACCUAAUAUUAACCAAGAGGAUCUCCUCAUUCACAUUUCAUCAUCUUUCAUCACGCCAUUGAAGGAUGAUAAACGGACUGCAGCUCAAUGUCAAUGUCUUAAGAAAUGUGAUAUUUUUGUUUCUCAUUCCACUGUGUGGAUCUCAGUCAGGAUGUGAGGUUGUGAACAGUUCAUUGUUAUGUUUCUUAAGUGUACACAUUUUGAACACAAAAAUGUACAUCUAAUUGAUAUUGAUAGUUUUUGUUAACUCAGCAAUCCACUACAGAAUUUUGACGAUAGACACAAGACAGCGCUCUGACCAAAUGAGUGGGCCAAAACUUCUUCAGAGCUUGUUGGAAGAAUGUAUGGCAAAUUGAUGACCAAACAAUUAACUUAAUAUCAAGUUGCUCAAUAUGCCAUUUAGCAGACGCUUUUAUCCAAAGCGACUUACAGUCAUGUGUGCAUACAUUCUACGUAUGGGUGGUCCCGGGGAUUGAACCCACUACCCUGGCGUUACAAGCGCCAUGCUCUACCAACUGAGCUACACAGGAAAUUAUUUGAAAUGAGCUUAAUUUGUUUGUUUAUUUUGCAUAGUUGAACUUGGUCUUGUUUUCUCCUGUGGUUGCACAGGCAACCACUCAACUAAAACCAGUCAUUGAAAGGGCCAUUCUCCUUUGAUAAACCAUCAUAUUUCACAAGCACAACAGGGCCAGGGUCUGGGAUUUAGUCAGGUCCGCACUCUAAAAUACUAUUUGGAGAACAGGCAAAAUUUGGCCAUGAUUGCUACACCUUUAGAUAGGUUAGGCUAGACUAAUUUAACAAUCUAAAAACAUGUCAUUGACAUGGGCUACUUGAGUGACAGUCAGUGAGUGACAUAUAAGAAGAGGGAAACUGCUGAUUCACAACCAAGUUCGAAAGUGCACCUUGUGUAUUCUACUAUUCCAACUCUCAACAGUACGUUGAGAGCCCAACUGUUCCUAAAGAAUUAUAGAUUAUUAUAUAUUUUUAUCAUGUUGGAAAGGUCCGUACCUCAGUGUCCUCGUAUGUAGCUUACAACACAGUAGCUGCUACAACUGACAUGGGUUGAGAAGUCCUACCAAGAAGCUACCAAGAGCCAAUUACAUAUUUUCUAUAUUCAAUUGCAACAUAGGAAAUCCUGAUGGAAAGAUUCUAUGGUAGCUGAGCAAGUAGAUAUUUGAUGAAACAAUGUUAUAAAGUAUUAUGAAAUGUAAAUAACAUUAUGAAGGC